AUGAACGUCCAGAAAUGUCUAUUUCUCAUAGCUUUCAUUAUAGAAACUUUAAUAAGAGAAAUCAAUCAACAAGAUUCACCAAUUUUACAAGCACUAGAAAAUUUGAAAAAUGAAAUAGAUGAAGCUCUUAAAGCUCUUAAAGCUCCUGAAUCAGACUUCGAAGAUUUUAUUCAAAAAGAAGACUACCAAAAAAAACUAAAUAGGCUAACUGACUCGCUUAAAAAAGACAUCGAUUAUUUUAAAAUUAAUUUCGAAAAAAAUAGCCCACAGGCUCUAGAGGGAAAUUCCAGAUUUAAAAAAGAUUAUGGAAUCGAUAGCAUGCAGGCAACAAGAGACUAA